AUGAUCAAUGGCAAAGAAGAAGAGAAACACACAGAGAAAAUCGAUAUCAGCUCGAUGAAAUCAGUCCGUGUAGUCUGUAAUGAUCCAUACGCCACCGAAUCCUCUAGCGAAGAUGAAGCGAUCUCCGGAAACAAUCCUCGCCGUCCGAUCAAACCAAAACGAACAAAACCGAAGAAGCGUUACGUCUCAAAGAUCUGUGUCCCGACGCUGAUCGAGAGGCACGGGAAAGGAAACGAAAGUCGGAAAUCUUCGUCGGGAUUCAAAGGUGUACGGAAGCGACCGUGGGGCAGAUACGCGGCGGAGAUAAGAGAUCCGUUCCAGAAAAAGAGAGAGUGGCUUGGAACGUUUCCUACUGUUGAAGCAGCAGCAGAGGCUUACAAGAAAAGAAAACAAGAGUUUGAUGAGCAAUUAGGUCUUGUAAAUCAAACCGAUUCGGUUAAACUGGAAGAGGAGGAAGAUUUAACCAAACCAUGUGUUUCAAGGAAACCGAAAGAGAAGGAAGUAGAAUUAGUUGUGCCGUGUAAUUCAAGUAAACAUGAAGAGAAGGAGGUAGGUUUAACCAAGCCGUGGGUUUCAAGCAAACCUAAAGAGAAGGUAGUAGAGUCAACCAAACCAUCGGUUUUACGUCCGUCGACUGCGUAUAAUGUUGUGGAGAAAACCUUCGGUUUUGGUUGUGAUGAUCGUGAUGAAGAAGAAGGAACAAUUGGUAGAAUGUUGGAAGAUCCGUUAAUGACAUCGUCGAUUUCAGAUAUUUUUGGAGCUACGGCUAUUGAAGCAAAUGAUUUGUGGGUGGAUUUUAAUACAGCGGAAUUUAAAUCGAUUUUUGAUGAUUUUAACUACGAUUUUGUGGUGAAGGAUAACCAAAUUGAGAGUAGUAUUAAAACGAGUAAGAAGAAUGGCAAAAGAGCAGUCCAAAACUUGGAAAUCGAAUCAAGGGUUGCAAAUAUUGUCGAUGGAUCGAAUGAUUUUCAGUUGGAACUUGAGUUUGAUCCGAUGGUGGAUGAUUUUCAGCUGAAGGAUUUUUCUGUGGACGAUAUAGGAGAGGCUGAUGAAGAUGAUUGUAAUUGGUUUAACAGUAGCAUGGAUUGGAUCGAUGUGAGUUUUUGA